GAGAGCCUCUCCUGUCUUCUCCAUGCAGCAGGUGGUCAGUGUCUGGGUGCGAGACCCACGGAUACAAAAGAAUGACUUCUGGCACGCCUUCAUAGACUAUGAAAUUUGUUUACAUACCGACAGCGUCUGCUUCACCAAGAAGGUCUCCGCCGUGAGGAGGAGGUACAGCGAGUUUGUAUGGCUGAGGCAGAAACUACAAGCAAACUCACAGCUAAUGUCUCAGCUUCCUGAGCUGCCCGGGAAGAAUCCCUUCUUCAGCCUGAACAACGCCAGACAGAUAUCUGAUCGUAUGACAGGGCUCCAGGAUUUCCUGAAACAGAUCCUGCAGAACCCUCUGCUGCUGUCAGACAGCUGCUUGCAUCUCUUCCUGCAGUCAAAGCUCAGCGUGUCCAAGAUCAAGGCCUGUGCUGCUGGAAGGACCCACUUCUCUGUGGCGCAGGCGGUGCAGGGCUGUGGUCUGAGGAGAUUCAACUCCGAAGACGAUCUGCAGAAGAUACGCUGCUACUCUGACUCUGACAACUCAGAUCCAGGGCCUCAGAUGAAAGAUUUGGAAAUAAAGAAAGCAGCGAGUGCAGCUUCACUCGGCCUCAUGGGAAGCAGCCAGGAGGAAUCUCUCAGCAGCUCAUCUGACUCUACAUGAAAACAUCCUCCUCAUCCCGUGAGGAGGAACGCUGGCUGUUACCCCAUCACACUGCACUUUUGGAAACUUGUUUUCUCUUAAUUAUUGUCUUAACAUUUAUGCAUUCCUGUUCGAAACAUUUUCAGUGAAUAACAAUAAAAGAAUAUCCAAGAA